AUGAUUAAUUCCGACGAGUUUGACCACCCUUGUCCGUCUAUAGUAAAAAUGUGGGUCCUUCUUGAAGGUUCACCGAGAGCUAGGAAGUUGAAUGCUGAUAUAUCUAAAGCUUAUGACUUAGACGAUUUUGUAUAUAUUCUUCAAGAGGAGUAUGAAGAGUUAAGAGCUGUUAGACCGCAAAAUAUCGUAAUCUUAAAUAACAACAACACACAACUUCCACCAGAUACUGACCUCCAAACUCUAACUAAGACAACAACGGCCAAGAACCCGCUCGUUGCUCGCUACCCGAUCUCGGACGUAAACAUUAAGGUGACAUUCAUGUAUGGACAAAGACAGGGCAAACGCGAAAUACCACAUACCAGUGGUUCUUUUGAUCGGCUGGAAGCCCUUGCUAGAGAAAUAUUUAAAGAUUUAGAGGAAGGAAUUAUUUAUUUUGUAAAUGAUGGAACGGAGAUUUGGAACGCAUACAAUUUCAACACCUUAGUUAAGUCUCAAACAGCACAAGACAAAAGCGUUGUGCUUAAAUUAAAAGUUAUGAUUAAGGGCAAAAAGAAAUAUAGUGACUGGAAGCUUAAAGACGUGUUUAAGGACAUACUAAAAAAACCGACAUACAAUUCACUUUCCGAUAUGCCGGAACUUGACAUGACAGAGCUUCCCCCAUUAGAUCCGCCAUUUAAUCAGAAUCAAUUGACAAAUUUCGUCACCGAAAUUAAAGUUAAGCUUAGUUCACUUCGGAAUGAAUUCGGAAAUGAGACGAAGAAUCGUUUAUACAUUGACGCAUUCAUGACGCAUGCAGUUGAUUAUAUACGAACCCAGAUAAAUAAGUCAGUAAGAUUAGACGUGGAGCAAGGACUAGACGGGAGUCACGGGUAUGGUCCUGUAGAUUACUGGGUAAAGUUAGUUGAAGUUUUGUUGUUUUUAUGCGAAGCAAAAGCUGAAGACAUGAACCAAGGAUCUGCUCAAGCUAUUGUGCAGUCACAGAGUGGAAUUGAGCGAUUAAAUAAACUAGGAUAUGAGGAAUUAUUGAUCUAUGGAAUAGCCUCAACUGGAAAGCUAUGGCGAUUUAUCCGUUAG